AUGAUCAUUCGAGUGCUUAUGGCGGCACAGAGAAUCGAGCACCUCCCCGAAGUGCUGACCUGUGCAUUCCUCGCGAUCCUAUUCAUCUUGGCUAUCACGAUCCUGGCUUCCUUGGUGAUACUUGGAGCCAUGGGAACCCAUGCGCGCCACUCUGGCGAACAGGAGGAGUAUCUCGCUGAGGCUUUGCGGCAACAUCAGAAGCGAUGGGCUCACAUGAGAAGAGUGAGGAAGGCAGAAAUGAAGUUUCGUGCGGCUCAGCAGCAAAAAUACAAACUAUUGCAUCUAGGUACUAGCACAUUUCAUUUUCUGAACAGGUCCUGCCAGAGUGUUGUACUAAACUUUGGCGUCAGACAAUUUCUCAACACUCGUUUUAAACCGAAGCCUCAUGACAAGACUCCAUGGGUGGAAAGAUUGAAAUGGCCUUCACGCACGCAAUCAAUUGUCAAGACAUCGAUUAGACCUUCGCAUAAGCCAAGAAGUCCGCAAUCAUCCACCAAGCUAAACACCUCCAAGUCUUGGUGGAGGCAAGGCCGUCCUGAAGCUUUGUUUCGAUUAGUGUCCUACGGAGGUGAACCCAACCUACCGGUUAUCAACACAUCCGUCGAACCGAGGGACACUGCAAUGAUUGGCCCUGAGGAAAAUCCCGUCCAAGAGCCAGCGUCUUUGGACGACGACCAAAACGAGUCGCCAUCACCGAGUAGUUCGACCAGUACCGUGAGAGAUGGCAGCCCCCGAGCAAGCGAAGGAAACCAAAGAAGUCAUGAGAAAUGA